GGACAUGCCAUUGAAUGCCGCCUUUACUCCGAAGAUCCCUAUAACAAUUUUCUUCCGAGCAUUGGUAAAAUUCUUCAUUUCAAACCAUCUUUAGCAUCAUAUGUUAGAUACGAUACUGGCGUUGAAACAGGAUCUGAAAUAUCUGUAUAUUAUGAUCCUUUAAUUGCCAAAAUUUCGGUAUGGGCGCAAACGCGUUACCAAGCACUUCAAAAAAUGAGAUCAGCAUUACGAAAUACUGUUUGUCUUGGUCUAAUUACAAAUCAACAAUUUUUAUUACAAGUUAUGGAUGAUCCAAACUUCAUAUCUGGAAAAUAUGACACUAAUUUUAUUGAACAUCAGUUUUCUCUGUCUAAAAACCAGCAUAUACAGAGUGAAUUAGGAAUUAUACCAUUUUUAUGGUUAUGGUACAUUAGGGAAAAACAAAGAACAACUUUAAAGCAUGUUCCUUCUGGAUGGAGAUAUUUAAAAUAUAAAAACUUUACUGAUGAAUAUAUUGUUUAUAAUGGAAAUAAUGUUCAAGUUUUGGAACUAGAAUAUGAAUAUCACGCAAAGUUAGAUGGCGGGAAGAUUGGCAACAGUAACGAGCAUAUAUUUAGUAUUUGGAUAAAAGGAGAUAACAAUAAAAGUAAACGUGUCGUGUUAAAGGAUGUGGUAAUUUAUGAAAAUG